AUGUAAAAAGUAAAAAUUAUAGGUACUAAACCGUAAUUUGCCAAUGAUCCAUGGAUCCAAUCCAUGAAUCCACCAAUCCAAUUGGAUUUGGAUCAAAUGGAUUGGAUUAGGUGGAUAUUUUUAAUGGAUUGGAUUGGUGGAUUGGAUUGAAAUUGCCACCUGUAAUCCAUCUCAAUCGGCAUUUGUAAAUAGUAUAUCGAUAAGUGACAGCUUGCAUAUGAAUUAGUCAAGGAUUAUCAUGAAAGAAUUGUAUAUGCUAGAUGUACUGUGAAGAUAGACCUUGUGAAGACCUUAUGGAUCUCCCAAAUCAAUUUGUCACCUUGAUUAAAGCUUGUAUAACUAAUCCAAUGUUUAUCAUUGCUUUAAAUGGUCGGUUAUGUGAGUACUUUGCUGCUCCCAAAGGGUUAAGGUAAGGUGACACUUUGUUACCCUAUCUUUUUGUUCUUGCUAUGGAAGUGUUUGGUUGUCUUUUGAAGAAAGCAUUAAGGAGUGAAAAAAUCCCUUUUCAUUCGAGAUGUAAACCCUGGGGGUCACACAUAUGUGCUUUGCAGGCGACCUCUUGGUUUUUACUAACGGUUCGGUUCAAGGAAUAGAAGGAAUUAAGAAGGUUUUGAGUGACUUUUACAUGCUUUCUGGUUUUGCAGUGUAAUCCGUCAAAAAGUCCGUUAUUUUGUGGUGGAUUGGCUAAUGAUGAAAAGGAGAAUUCGUCUGUAUGUUCUGGUUUCCCACUUAGUGAGUUUGCUAUUAGGUAUUUGGGUGUUCCAUUAAUCACUGGAAAAUUGACAAGUCGAGAUUGCAAAUUCUUAGUGGAUAGAAUUACAUAAAAAAUCAGAAGUUGGAAGGCAAUAUGUUCGAUGCUUGGCAGUGAGGGCAACUGAUUUGCAAACGAGUCUUUCGCGGCUAAUGUUGGGAUGGGGAGUUUAAGUUGAUAGAUUCUCGUCUGUUUAUAGUUUAUAAAGUAUAGAAUCCAUCCCAUUUUGAUGGUUUGUAACGAGAACAAGAGGCCUUGUUUCUGGCUUUCUUUGUACUUAAUGAAAUUUGAUUUAACCAUUAAAAAAAUUAUUUUGAUCUCGAACCUUUAUUAUUGAUAUUGAUUUUCUUUUCUUCGCUUUGAUUCGUCUCGUCCAAACUCCAAACAACUUAAAUACAAUUCCACUGCUCAUUGGAUGCGUAUAGUUUAUGCAUGAUAAUUGUACCUCAAUUAUAUCACAAGAGAUCUAUGAGAUCGAAAAUAACAUCUCUUGCUCGAGAUAGAAAGGAAUCCAAGGUGGGUAAUAAGGGUACAAGAUGUAGGAUAUUAGGAUAAUAUCCACUUGGGGGUUGUCACACUCAAAUUAAAGCAAGUAAUAUCUAUAUGUGUCUUGGUUUGAAAGAUAGGACUAAAGUGUGAUUUUCAUAUAAUAUUAAUACAUUGCUAGAUAGAUAAAUUCCCACUAACUUCCACUUCCAUGGUAGACUUAUUAUAGUGCCCCAACAAAAGCAAAGUGGUCUUCUUUCACCUUUUCGCCCCAUUUCUCCACUAAUCACAUUAAAUUAACAUAUUAAAUAUGAUCAUUAAUCUCCUUUUAGUUGUUAUUGUUGUUGGAGAUAUUAGUGAGUGGAAACGCCAUUGAAUUGAAACUCUCAUCACCACAAAGCAGAAGAAAGGAGGUGGUGAGAUUAUAACGUAAGCUUAAUCAAAAGAAGUUCUACUGCAAUAUUAAACCAGAUCAUAGUGCAAUAAGCAGAAGCUAGUAAUCAACAAUGGAGGUUGAUGCUGUGAAGAGACUUGGGAGAGUGCUUCUUCUUUUUCUUCUCCUCAACUUACCAUUAUUGCCCUUCUUCCCUUCACCUUCUCUUGCAGCUGGUAGGAGAUUCGAGCUGAAUAACCAUGAGAAUUAUGACAAGCAGCUGGCUGCUGAAGAACAAGGUGCAGUAGUCCCCUCUUCAGAUGAAGUAAUCCAUGAGAGGCUGCUGAAGGCGAACACAAGAGACUAUGGAAGAUAUGAUCCAACACCAACUCUGUCCAUACCACCUUUCAAGCUCAUUCCUAACUGACAUCGUUCGAUCAAUCAAUUAUCAUCAACAACAGUCCAUCCAAACUCGACGGACCGAACCGAGCUAUGUUAUAUGGAUGUUUGAAUCGAUCGUGUUAUAAACCAACUGGUUCCAAUAGCUCAAGUUGUUGGGAGAGACUCAUGUAUAGUACUUAACUACUUCCUUGCAUAUCGAGCUAAGGGUUUUCGCUGAAAACUAUAUAUCGAUACGUGAAUAGCUUGUAUGGAUGACAGCAGUUGUUAACGUAAUAUAUGUAGAAAACAUGAAUAAUAAGAAGGGAUUGGAUCACGUAACUGUUUAAAGAUAUGCUUUAGUAGCAAUUAAGUAUUACUUAAUACAAUAUAAUGAUGGGAUGGGAGUGUUUGAUUAUCAAUUUUAUCAUGCAUUUAUACAUACGAAUAGCUAGCAAUGGAUUGUGUUGGUGAUCAUUAAUUUGAUCGUUUUGUAAAUGAAAAAGUGAUAGAGAUCGAGGUUUGAGAUAUAUGGUGGAUUUGAUUGAUGAAUGACAAAUUCGGGAAUAAUUCUAUGCAAGGUGAAAAAUAUUAUAAAGCUCAUGGCAAUCUUGUACUUAUAAAGGAGCAAAAUCACGAUCGUGAUCUUUGUGCUUCUCUAGUCGUGAAUUUGGAGAAGUGGAAGUUCAUGACAAGGGGAGGUAAGAUCACGCAUUAUCUACCUCCUUCUGGCCAUGUUCUCGAGAAUCAUGCUCAAAAGUUUAUCAAAUGUAAUAGACAUUAAGGGGUCGUUUGCUUCAAGGAUUUGCAUCAUGGAUUUGGUACUAAAAAACUAACUAUCAAGGAUUUACAUACAAUCCUUUGUUUGCUUAGUUAAAAAAUGUUGAAACAAAUCCGUGGGCCCCACAGAUUUAGGUUUUUUUUCUCCUCCAAAUCCGUGGGGCCCACAGCUAUACAAAUCCCACAUGAUUAUUAGGGAAUUAGUGAUGUGCUGAAAAACCGAGAGGCCAAUUGACACUCCUAUCCUCAUUCUUUUUCAUGAAACCAAAAUUGCCCUCUUUAUCCCCACCAUAUCUGUCGCUUCUACUUCCCAUUCUCAUUCUUUACACACCAAACCAAGGAAGCUGCGAAGAGUUCUUCAGUUCCUUUCCUAGAAAAUUGCAGCCCCCACCAACAAAGGAAUUCUUCGGCCGACGUUGAGUCCGCGUGCAGCCGGCAUCAAUCUCCGACGCUAAACCCAAAACCCAGAUAAGCAGGACACUCCCUUCUUUGCGUUGAGUCCAUUUUCUUUGGUGAGCUUUUGCAAAUCAUAGGAACCAUAUACAUACACUUAACUGCUCACAAUUGCCUAUAUGCCUUUUGUUCUUGGACUGUACUGUGUUCCAUUAUAUGACACCUUAGGUAUGGGCUUUUGUCUGUUAAUAACAGAGCAAUGAUCAAUGAUCGAAUCAGUAUACUUUAUGCAUGAUUAUGGCAUUAUAUUUGUUUGUUCCUGGAUUUUAGUAGUUAAUGCAGCCUCUGACUUCUGCCAUUUUCACAUUGAACUAGUUCUUGUAUCUUUUGGUGCUUGUAUCAGCUGCUCGUGCCAUCGAGUAUAUUUUAUGAGAAGGCUUUUGUAGUUGCUAACAAGGAAAGAAGGGAAACAAAAAACAACGGCAAUCCCUUCCUUUUAAUGGGUUAAAAAAAGGGCAAUAAGGUAAAUGUAGAUUUUUAUUUCUAAAUCCCAAACCAUUAAAUCCAUGAUCAAAAUGAGGAAACAAACAAAGGAUUUUUUCAAAUCCAUAAUGCCCCAAAUCCCAAAUAAAACCUUAGGUUUUUAAAUCCCAUAUUUAGGUAAAAACCCUCAUUUUACAAUCCUUGAAGCAAACGACACUAAGUAUCCGUGAAACAAGUUGUGUCUUCCUCCUAUUCAUGCUUCAAGUGACUUACGAAUGACGAAACUUGCUCCAAAGUUGUGUUUGAUAUGCUAACAUACGAAAUAAGAUGAUAAAAAUACACUCAAGCAUAAAACAGAAUAAGGAUGAGCAAAUUAC